AUGUUGGUUUUCAUCAGUGCCAUUCUAGUUCCGCAGAGUACUGAACACGGCUUAGCUCGGACGAAACACGGUAACCGAGAUCCAUAUCCGAUCUAUGAAGGUUUAGACAAUUUGGACCUUAUCAUGGCAGAGCGCGGUGCCGCGGCCCAGUGGACUCGAGUUCCUGUAUCCAACAGACGACACGUGGCUAUUGUUCCCGCUCCGGCACUACCUGCUUACCCCCUUGUCUGCGAUCUACAACGUGGAUUGGAUAGACUAAAUCAAUGUCCGAUCAAUGGUUCCGUCGACCCGAACUCAAAUAAACGGGUCAUAACUCACACGAAACCACAGAGCGGUUCAGAUGUGGUCAAGCUAUCCGAAAAACAAGUUACCUACGUAUCAGGACCACUACAGACACCUGUUUCGAGCAAAUUCCUUUUGGGCCGCGUGGCCUCCAAUGAGGAUAUUUGUAUCCAAACUGAGACCCCUUUCGCGUUCACCAUUGCAGCUACGGACAAAGAGAUUUGCAUAACAAAAGUAGCCUCGGUGGAUGAUUUGAAGCGACUCAGUUCGUAUGCUGAACGUUCUACAGAUGGGUCCGAUGUACGGAAUCGGAGAAAACUGAGUCAACCAACUCGUCGUGCAAUCCCCGUCAAUCUACGGCUCACAUUCGGAUCCGAAUCCAAUUUGGCCGGGUCUCAUAAAUCACGGAAACCGGAAGCUUUACCCCCAGGAUCUAAUUACCGCGUGAUGUAUCAUGUGGACAUCCCGUACGGUUCAAACGUGGCGCAGUUCAAACGCGAUGCACUACGCCGUACACAUUCAGCUAGUGGAAGGAAUCCUUUUCGUUACAGCUUGCCUUGUAUUUCCUAUCGGGAAGAUGAGCCUAAACCCAUUGCUCUUGUUCCUUAA